CACUCCCCUUUAUGGUGCCUGCUCUGCUCGGGUUGUGUCAGGGAGCCCAGCAGGGUACAGUUUCACUGGAAAUUGGCUAUAAUGUAAAAUACAAUCCAUCUGCCAUAAACUGAUCGGACUCAUUGAUUCUAGUUUGUGAUCGGCGGAUGCUCGGAUGUUGGAUCGUUGCUCGACAGCACAGCAGACAGACACACAGACAGACAGACAGACAGACAGACAGACAGACAGGCAUCCUCACUGAGAAGGUGAAGCCUUUAGAAUAACACCGCCCGCCGCUAUGAGACGGAUCACCGGGAAGGCGAAGGAUGAAACUUUGAUCGAGCUGCAGAAUGCCUCAGACUCACAGGUCACAGAUCACAUGACCUGCUCCACAUGAUGUCAUUUCCUCCUGAAGAAAAGACUGAUGAAAGCAGUGGAAAUGGUCUGAAAGAAGCUCCACUGCCUGGACAUACAGAAACAGACAAGCUACAUUCCAACAAAGACACCGUGUUCUUCAGGGACGGCGUACGCAGAAUAGACUUUGUUCUGUCUUACGUCGAUGACAAAGAUGGAGAAAAGAAGCAGGAAAGGAGGAGAGAGUUUGAGGCCAACCUUGAGAAAGCAGGACUGGAGCUGGAGACGGAGGACAAAUCAGACUCCAAAGACCAGAAGACGUACUUCUUGAAGAUCCAUGCUCCGUGGGAUGUGCUGGCCACCUACGCUGAUGUCUUAAAGAUUAAAGUUCCCUUCAAGGAGAGCGAUAUUCCUCAUGGUCAGGAUGUCCCGCUGGAGUGGCUCUCGCAUCCUUUCCGACUGCCGGAUCAUGUCAUGCAUCCACAGCCGGACUACUUCACUUACCCAUUCGACAAGACAAAGACUGACUUCUUCCUUAUCAGUGACAAAGACACCUUCUUCCCGCCAUCCACAAGAAACAGAAUUGUGUUCUACAUCCUGGCUCGCUGUCCGUACUACAAAGAGGGUCGAAAAGACAGAGGCAAGACGGGCAUCAAGCGAUUACUCAGCAAUGGCACCUACACAGCAGCCUUCCCACUUCAUGAUAGCCAUAAACUGUUUCCACUUGGAGGAAAAUGUGGUGAAACUAUUCUAAAAAUGUUCACAUGUCGGUACUGGAAAAAGGCAAGAAACGCUGAGUGUGAGAGUGAACGCUACAACUUGUACGAACACUGGGCCAGAUUCCUCUGCUUUUACAAAGAGCAGCCUCUGAACCUCAUCAGGAAGUACUAUGGGGAGAAGAUUGGGAUCUAUUUUGCCUGGCUGGGCUUCUACACAGAGAUGCUGUUCUUUGCAGCCGUCAUGGGCCUUAUAUGUUUCACCUACGGAGUGCUCAGUUAUGAUGACAACAUAUCAAGCCAAGAAAUAUGUCAUCCUAAAAUCGGGGGAAGAAUUGUGAUGUGUCCUCUUUGUGAUAAAAAGUGCCCUUUCUGGAAGCUCAACUCCACUUGUCUCUCAUCCUGGCAAUCCCAUCUGUUUGAUAAUGAGGGAACGGUAUUCUUUGCCAUAUUUAUGGGGAUUUGGGUAACUCUGUUUCUGGAGUUCUGGAAGCGGCGUCAGGCCCGGCUCGAGUACGAGUGGGACUUGGUGGACUUUGAGGAGGAGCAGCAACAGCUUCAAAUACGGCCAGAAUUUGAGAUCCGAUGCACCAACAGGAGACUCAACAAGAUCACAAAGGAAAUGGAGCCAUACCUCCCCGUCACCAGCAAGUGCGCUCGCUUCUGCCUCUCUGCAGCAACUGUCAUAUUCUGGAUUUCUCUCAUCGUGGCCUGUAUUAUUGGGGUCAUAGCAUACAGGCUGGCUGUUUAUGCAGCCUUUGCAAGUAUCAUCAAAGACCCUAUGAGGAAGAUCCAGCUGGUGGGCAGAUUCAUCACUCCACAGUUAGCGACUUCUGUCACUGCUUCCUGCAUCAACUUUGUCAUCAUCAUGAUCCUGAACUUUUUUUAUGAGCGGGUGGCCAUCUGGAUCACCGAUUUGGAAAUCCCCAAAACCCACCUGGAAUAUGAGAACAGGCUGACCAUGAAGAUGUUUCUGUUCCAGUUUGUCAACUACUACUCAUCAUGCUUCUACGUGGCCUUCUUCAAGGGUAAAUUUGUAGGUUACCCUGGCGACUACUCAUACAUGUUUGGCAAUUGGAGCAAUCUGAGAAAUGAGGAGUGUGACCCUGGAGGCUGUCUGAUAGAGCUGACCACGCAGCUGGUGAUCGUCAUGACGGGGAAGCAGCUAUGUGGGAACAUUCAGGAAGCCCUGCUGCCGUUGAUACGGAACUGGUGGAGUGGCAGACGAGGACGUCACAAUCCUGAGAACCAUUACAGCCGCUGGGAGCAGGAUCACGUUCUGCAGAACUUCAGCCAGCUGGGCUUGUUCUAUGAAUACCUGGAGAUGGUGGUCCAGUUUGGCUUCAUCACUCUGUUUGUGGCCUCCUUCCCCUUGGCUCCCCUCCUGGCCCUGUUCAACAACAUCCUGGAAAUCAGAGUGGACGCCUGGAAGUUCACCACCCAGUUCAAGCGGCCAAUGGCUUCCAAGGCCCGAAACAUCGGAGCGUGGCAGGAGAUCCUCAACGCUGUGGCCAUUUUGUCUGUUGUUACCAAUGCUUUCAUCAUGGCAUUCACCUCAGACAUGAUCCCCCGCAUGGUGUACCUGUACGCCUACAGUAAAGAGUCCAGCAUGAGGGGCUACGUCAACAACAGCCUGUCGAUAUACGACAUCUCACAGAUUCCAGAGCGCAACAUGCCAGAGGACAACUGGUUUGAUAACGCCACCAGCACCUGCAGAUACCGAGACUACCGUUAUCCUCCGGGCCACCAGAGGGAGUACACUCACACCAUGCAGUUCUGGCACAUCCUGGCAGCCAAAAUGGCCUUUAUUAUUAUCAUGGAACAUGUGGUGUUUGUGGUGAAGUUCUUCGUGGCCUGGAUGAUCCCGGACGUCCCUUCAGAUGUGAAAGCUCGGAUCAAACGAGAACGCUACCUGAUUCAAGAGUACCUGCACAACUACGAGGUGGAGCAGCUCAAACUGCAGCUGAGCGCCAGUUUCAUCACAGAGCCGCAGUCAGAAAUGACCUUAACGCCGGACAAGCAUGAAGUGUUGUCUGAGUGCCUGUAGCCCCCCAGUGUCACAACUCCAACUAACCAAAUCAGAAGUGGACAUUACUGGGAGUUUUCUUUUCAGUGACAACACCCACACAAGGGCUUGUGUCUUUGAGAUUUAAAAAAAAAACGCUAUUUCUUUGUUUUUGACUGGAUGUUAACACUUGCCACGAUGUACUCCUAUAUUAGGAUCUGUAUAGAGGCAUUCAAAAAUCUUUUGUUUGUUUUGCUUAAAGCCUGCUUCCCUUGUGGAUGAAACAUCUCUGUGCCAUAAAAGACAAACAAAGAGCUGAAAGAAUGCGACGGCAACUUGUAACGUUUUCCAUUUAACCUCUUCAAACUCCCCAUUUGUCUGGAAAGAAAUAACCCUUGUAUUUCCAGAUAGAGUUAAAGUUCGUGAACAUGUGAGGUGUAUUUACCCUUUAAAGAGCUCAUUUUGAUGUCAUCAGCUUCAUUUUCUGCAUGUUAUUUAUCCUGUGAGAAUAGAAGAUGAAGGACUGGGUUAUGUAGGGAAGAAAGCUGUGGGGAAAAAACUAUGGCUGGAAAUUCAUAUUUAACUAUGAAUGUAGAAAACACUCAGACUUACAUAUGUUUAAAUAUAUAAGAGACUAAACACAAAAAGUAAUAGGCAGAGCUUAUUCCUUAGACAGCUUCACUAUGGUUCCUUUUUAAACCUUUUUUUAAAAAAUUGGUAGCUACUUACUGUCUUUCCACUGAUCUAUAGCUGGACUAUUAGAUUGUCAGCUUUUGAGCGUGUUAUAUUUAGGGGAAAGUUCUUUUUAAAAAAACUGUGCAUUUGAAAACCAAGUACCUCGGUCAUACUGCAGCGAUACUGUAACAAUCAGAAGAGUGGUGUUGUUCAUUUCAGCCUGAGUUUCAGUAAUACAGUGAGACAGUAGCUGCAGGCUCGUGUCUCAUGUGUUGCCAACCUUCUGCAGGACCAAUUAUAAGAUUUCUACCAAAAAGAAAAAGGACUACAUGAAGAAAAAUGUUGGCAGAUCAGGACAGAUCUUUUGUUUAAUACAAUCAAGUUUGAGUGGAUGACGCUUUACUUUACUGCUCCUUGUGUAUGUACUGAAUAGCCUGCGGUGUAUUUGUGUUUUCACAUUAUUGGCGUCUCUGUAUAUUGCGGAGAUAAACAGAGAACAGGAAGGAGAACUUCUUUGGUGCAUGUGAGUGACGGUUUCAGUGGACAGAAAUGACUAUUACUAACCAGUUCAUACUAACUAGAUGGUCACCAAGUGUUGCUGUAGAUAUAAAGUUUUGAUAUAUAUUUAAAUGGGUUUUAGUGCAAUUAAUUUAUUGAUUUGUUUCUCCUCUGUAGCCUGAAGUGUUUAGAGUUACUGCAUAAUCCUUGUUUUAAGAUCUUUAUAGGUUUACUCGUACGCCCUGAUUUGUUACAUUUGUACUCUUCAUCGCCUCAUAAAUUGCAACUGAGCAGUGUUAGUUCAGACAUUGGAUCAUGCAAGUUAUUACUUUGUGAAGGGACCAGACGUGAAAAAAAUUCGUUAUUCAAACAUCAGAUACUUUACAUCUUUUUCUGCUUAUGCUUUACAUUCAUUUAUAUUUCUGUGCUUAUAUUGGAACAUCUUUGCGAGUGAUGCAGUCUUUAUCAGCAGGACAUCAUUUGACGGUGAAAAGCGAAGCCUGACUCGCUCUAAUCUCAGGACUGAACAUCUUCUAACAUUGGUCGAGCAUCACUUGUUGCAAAUGUGUGCAGGGGGUUCUGACAUGAUCCCGCAAAGGUGCACGACGUAUUUCCCAACAAACCAAUGCCUUAAACAUCUGUGUUUACUUGUUUUUUGUAUGGAUUUGUAUCGACAAAGUUUCCUAUCUGAAUUCCGAACCUGUUUCAUAUCAUUUGUUGCUGCUGCUAUGUCGUUUGCAACGUAGCUGUUUUCUGCAUGAAUCAAUGUUAUGAGAAUAUUUUGCCAGUUACGUUCUAAAUUCACUGUAGCCUAUUGGACAGGAACUUAGUAAAGCUGUUAAUAUUCACAAUAAAGAAAGAAAAAACUA